AUGCAACCACUCUGUGGGGACACAUUUCACGUGUUCCGACUGCCUCCGAAUAACCUCUUCUUCUGUUUGACUAAGACCACGCCUCUCCACCGGAGAGUGCAUAUAUGCCUCUCCGAUUGUAUUGUAUUCUUCACAGUCCCUAUCGGAUUCUCAUCUUUUGACAUGGCUCGUACCAAGCAAACCGCCCGCAAAUCGACCGGAGGAAAGGCUCCAAGAAAGCAGUUGGCUACCAAGGCUGCUCGCAAGUCUGCUCCAGCUACCGGAGGAGUCAAGAAGCCACAUCGUUAUCGUCCAGGAACCGUCGCUCUCCGUGAGAUCAGACGUUACCAGAAAUCCACUGAGCUUCUCAUCCGCAAGUUGCCAUUCCAGCGACUUGUCAGAGAAAUCGCUCAAGAUUUCAAGACCGACCUUCGCUUCCAAUCUUCCGCUGUCAUGGCUCUCCAAGAGGCCGCUGAGGCUUACCUCGUCGGACUUUUCGAGGACACCAACUUGUGCGCAAUCCACGCCAAGCGAGUCACCAUCAUGCCAAAGGACAUCCAAUUGGCCAGACGUAUCCGAGGAGAGCGUGCUUAA